AUUCAUGUAAAGGAGCUGUAAAGGAGCGCGGAUCCUAGAGAAACAGAGGCAGGGGGCGCUUCCUCGGGACUAUUGUCUACCCACAGACUAAUCUGCGAAUAACAACGUAAAAAAGGCCGCGAAUUUCACACGUGUCUCGUUACUGGUCUGCAGUUUUCAGGUUAUUAUUGUCUUAUUUCAUCGCUUAGUACACCGUUAGUUUAAGGAGCUAGCUAGCGUUUAGCAACGAUGUCUGGUGUAGUGCGAGGCCCCGCUGGAAACAACGACUGCCGAAUUUACGUGGGAAAUCUUCCUCCUGAUAUUCGCACCAAAGAUGUGGAAGACGUUUUCUACAAAUACGGGACAAUUAGAGAUAUCGACUUGAAGAACCGGAGAGGAGGCCCUCCUUUUGCCUUCAUUGAAUUUGAAGACCCCAGGGAUGCAGAUGACGCAGUCUAUGGACGCGAUGGGUAUGACUACGAUGGCUACAGGCUGCGGGUAGAGUUUCCUCGGAGCGGCAGAGGCUCAAGAGGCAGCUACGGUGGGAUCGGCGGGGCUCCCAGAGGCAGAUAUGGACCCCCAUCUAGACGCUCCGAGUACAGGGUCAUUGUAUCUGGACUCCCUCAGAGUGGCAGCUGGCAGGACCUAAAGGACCAUAUGCGUGAGGCAGGCGAUGUGUGCUAUGCUGACGUUUUCAGAGAUGGAACUGGAGUUGUAGAGUUUGUGCGCAAAGAAGACAUGACCUAUGCUGUUCGAAAGCUGGACAACACCAAAUUCCGCUCACAUGAGGGAGAGACUGCUUACAUUCGUGUGAAAUUAGAUGGUCCCCGCAGCCCAAGUUACGGAAGAUCACGCUCCCGAAGCCGUGGCAGCCGCAGCAGGAGCCGCAGUCGCAGCGCCAGUCGCAGCCGCAGCAACUCCCGUGGCCGUGGCAGAGGAUCUCCCCGCUACUCUCCUCGUCACAGCCGCUCUCGCUCCCGUUCCUAAACCUUUCUACCAUUGAUGUGUUGCCCUUUUGAUGUAUUCCCUCUUGUUUUUACCUUUUAUGAGUUCCUCCAGAUGUCAGCAAUUGAUUUUUAAUUUUUUGCAUUUCAUUGUCCUGAUGUCCUUGUGGAUGAUCUUGGUAUGUAGAUGUACCCCCACCCACCCUCUUCCACCCCACCCCUCUCCAGCUGCUUUGUCCUGUUUGUUUUUCCCUCUCUCUCUUCUUCUCUCUGUCCUCACAAUUUUUUUGCAACAAUAGAAAUGUGCUGUGCUGAACUUCAAAAAUGUUGAGUUAUAACAUGCACUCAAUGUUUUUGCAAGUAUUUGAAAAUGAGUUCUGUUCUAUUUUUUUUAUUAAACAGCUUCUAUCUUUGGAUUUGUGGGGUGGGCUGUUUGGAUGGGAAGCCCAUGCUUAACUGUAUUUUACCCUUGUGUCUUCCUUUAGACAUCUGAAGAGAAGGAUUAAAGUGAUUUGGAAUAAAA